UAAACAAUCAUCAAAAAAAGUUUUUCAUCGCGGCAUUUGCUGUUUUAUUUCCCUCGAGCAUCCGACUUUUAGUUUGUAAUAAAGUGAUUAAAAUUGUAAUAAUUUCUACAGUAAAACUUAUCGUUAGGUCAAGGCAACAAACCUUUUAUCAUGUCUGACGAGGAAGUUAUUCGGCGUCGCCUGCAAAUUGAUGGCGAUGGAACAGGUGAUGAUCGCAGAUUGAAUGAUCUGCUCAAAACAUUCGUAAAAUGGUGCAAUUCCACGGAUACGACAGAGAACAGUCAAGCUAUUCAUGAUCGACUUUUGGCUCAGCUAGCUCAAUGCGAAUUUGCUAUGAAAAAAACGGACUUUUGUGCCAAGGUGAUGCAGCAAGAACUAAAAAACUACGCCACCAUAUCGGACACCAUUGAAUCUGGAAUCGAGACCGCCAAAACUCAAAUAGUUCAGAGCAAACAAAAUCUAGUGUUGGCCAAAAAGAUUCGCAAAAAUCGUAUGGAGUACGAUGUGUUGGCGAAGAUUAUCAACCAACAACCUGAUCGCAAAAAUACCAUCAAAGAACUGGAUACACUUCGCAAAGAGCUCGAUGAACUACAAGGACAAAAAGCCUCCCUGGAGCGGAAAUUGCAAACGAAAAAGAAAGACUUUACCGUUCUUAUGCGAUCGAUUGUGGAGCUUCAAAACAAACUAGAUGCAAUCGAAGACGACGUACAUGAGCAGUUAGAAGAAAAGAUGUCAUGUGACGAAGAACCGGUAUUGAGCGUAGAUGAUUUGAUGAGUCCGGAAAACGAUCACAUUGUACUUUUAUCGCCGGAAAAGAUAAGCUAGACAAUAAAACAUUUUUGCAACCAGGAAAAAAUGAGUAUGAGUUUGU